ACAUGUAUUCUCUCAUGACUUUUGAUGUAGAAUAAUUAGGGAAGCAGGAAUUCAACAAUUCAGAAUUUUUCAUUGAGUUUCCUAUGGCCCUUUUUACGAUUCACCACCCGGUAUAAGAUAAAAUGUGUACUAUUUGUCUUAUUAUUUCAUAAUAACACAAAUAAUAGGUACACAUAUAUACACAAUAACACACAUUCAAUGAUCGAAAAUAAUUUAAAAAUAUGGGAAUGUAAACUCUUGUGACGUAAAGUCAAAAAUAUAAGUCUCCCCACCACCGCCGGACAAGACAACCGUAAUAAAGUCUAAUAACCGUGGGGCCAUGCCAUGGGCGAACUUUUCCCGCAUGCGCAUUCGUAAGUGUCAAGUGUCUGCUGUUGCUGUUCGUUUUUCUGUCGUUUUCUUUUAUAUUUGUUUAAUUUCUUGUUUACUUUCUGUGAUUUUGUUUUAUUGUGGAUUGUGGUAAUAAUAAUGGAAGUAAAACAAGAAAUUAGCGAGGAAACGUGUAAAAUAGAAAUAGAGAAUAGUGAGAUGGAUGAUGCUGUUUUGGAUAGCUUUAAAUGUGAAAUUCAGGAGGAGGAGUCCAAAAGAGAAAUAAUUACCCAUGGCACAUACGAUCCUUUAGACUUGAAGAAAUGUCCCAUAAAAACUGAAAUAGAACAACAUGGAAAUAAACUUAUCCCAUUUGAAGAACACCAAAAAACUGAAAAAGGUUAUCUUCAAGAGGAAAACAAAACGGAAAUUAUAGAGAAACUCGUUGAAGAUCCAUCCUACCAAGGAAAUGAUAUGACUCGACACACUCAAGAAAAAACAUUUAAAAAAAAUAUGAACGUUGGGACUGGAAAAAGACAAUAUAAAUGUGAAAUUUGUUUUAAGCAGUGUAUUACUGCAAUUAAUUUGAAAAGACAUAUGAGAGUACAUACUGGGGAAAAACCAUACAAGUGUGAAAUUUGUUUUAAACGGCUUAGUCAAGCCUGUGAUUUGAAAAAUCAUUUGAGAGUGCAUACUGGAGAAAAACCAUUCAAGUGUGAAAUUUGUUUUAAACAGUUUAAUGUAGGAAGUAAUUUAAAAACACAUAUAACACUACACACUGGAGAAAAACCCCACAAGUGUGAAAUCUGUUUUAAGCAGUUUUCUACGGCAGGUUAUCUCCAAGAGGAAAACAAAACGGAAAUUAUGGAGAAACUCGUUGAAGAUUCAGCCUACCAAGGAAAUGAUAUGACUCGACACACUCGAGGAAAAACAUUUAAAAAAUAUAUGAACGUUGGGACUGGAAAAAGACAAUAUAAAUGUGAAAUUUGUUUUAAGCAGUGUAUUACUGCAAUUAAUUUGAAAAGACAUAUGAGAUUACAUACCGAGGAAAAAUCCCACAAGUGUGAAAUAUGUUUUAAACAGUUUAGUCAAGCAGGCUAUCUCCAAGACGAACACAAAAUGGCAAUUAUGAAGACACUAAUUCAAGAUUCAUCCUAUGAAGCAAAUUACAUCAGUCAGCCCUCUGAGGGACAGACGUUAAAUAAAAAUAUAAAAGUAGCGACUGUACAAAGACUUUACAGAUGCGAAAUUUGUUUUAAACAGUUUUCUUACAAAAGUUAUUUAAAAAUACAUUUGUUUUCACACACUGAGGAAAAACCUUUCAUCUGUGAAAUUUGUCUUAAGGGGUUUAGUAGAUCAGGUGAUUUGAAAACACAUUUGAGAGUACAUACUGGGGAAAAACCAUACAAGUGUGAAAUUUGUUUAAAACAGUUUAGUACUGCAAGUCAAUUGAAAAGACAUUUUAGACUGCAUACUGGGGAAAAACCUUACAAGUGUGGAAUGUGUUUUAAGGGGUUUAGUAUGCCAGGUGAUUUGAAAACACAUUUGAUAGUGCAUACUGAGGAAAAACCUUACCAGUGCGAAAUUUGUCUUAAGGUGUUUAGUAGGGCAGGUGAUUUGAAAACACAUUUGAGAGUGCAUACUGGGGAAAAACCAUACAAGUGUGAAAUUUGCUUAAAACAGUUUAGUACUGCAAGUCAAUUGAAAAGACAUUUGAGAGGGCAUACUGGGGAAAAACCUUAUAAAUGUGAAAUUUGUUUUAAGGGGUUUAGUAUGCCAAGUGAUUUGAAAACACAUUUGAGAGUGCACACUAAGGAGAAACCUCGCAAGUGUAAAAUUUGUUUUAAGCGGUUUCGUAGAGCAGGUGAUUUGAGAACACAUUUGAGAGUGCAUACUGGGGAAUACCCUUACAAGUGUGAAAUUUGUUUAAAGGGGUUUAGUAGACCAAGUGAUUUGAAACUACAUUCGAGAGUGCAUACUGGGGAAAAACCUGAUAAGUGUGAAAUUUGUUUUAAACAGUUUUCUAAACCAAGCAGUUUGAAAACACAUUUGAGACUCCACACUGGAGAAAAAAACUUACAAUAAUUGUGAAAAUACCCUGCAACAUUUCUUAUGGAAAAAUGGUCCCGGUCAAAUUUAACGAAACUUUGGUCAAUGAUAGUUCUCAGUGAGUAGAUUAAAAAAGUCCAUGGCACCUAGGUCUGAAAAACUAGUAUUCUCGAGCUACAGCCUUCUGAAGUUCAUAAAUUCAGGUACUUGGUGCACUAAUUUACGGUCAAGUGCAUGAAAAUAUCUA